CGCGUUCACCUGUUAGGCUAAUCGCCGUUAUCAUCAGGAGUCCAAUUAUGAAUAUUUUUCUUUAUUAUUAAAAAAAAAAAAACAAUCGGUUGCAGGACGAACACGUGUAACUCGUGUAAAAGUAGGUGAAGAGCGACGCGGUCGGAGGUUCAGUGGCGACGGAAAGCGCAGAAACGAAACGCCCUCCCUUCGAACCCGAGCAACGAGGAGCCGCAUUGGAGUCGCAGAGCGGAACAAUGGAGAUGUUGCUAUGGGUCCUUGCCGGGCUCCUCCUGCUCUUCAGCAGCCUGGAUGUGUGGUACUUCCUGCGGGCAGUGGUGGUCGUGCUGCGGGCCUGGCUCCAGGGCCCCGUUUGGGACGUCCUGGCCGAGCAGAGCAUGCUGGGGCGAGUGCUGCCCCACGACGUGGACUACCUGGGUCACAUGAACAACGGGCGCUACCUGCGGGAAUGUGACUUUGCCCGGUUCGCCCUCUAUACCCGCAACGGACUUUUCAAGGCCACACGAGCGCUGGGGGCCACAAUGGUUCUAAGGAUUGUCACCAUCCGCUGCUGUCGGCCGCUGGCAAUAUUCCAGGCCUUUGAGCUGCGCAGCCGCAUCGUGGCCUGGGAUGACAAGUCCUUCUUCAUGGAGCAGCGCUUUGUCUCCUGCGCAGACGGAACAGUGUCUGCGGUGAUCCUCUGCAAGCAGAAUGUCCUGCACAGUAGCCCAGACCAGAUCCUUCAGUUCCUGUGCAAGAGGAAGGUGGAGUAUCCUGAAUACCCUGAGGACCUCCAGCACUGGAUCAGCUUCAUGAGAGCCCACAACCAAGCCCUGAGUGCUGACAGUAACCUGGAGGAGAAGAUCAAGUGAGGGGUGCUGGGCCUCUGUAACUGAAGAGCCUGGUCCCGGGCCUCCUUCGUGGGGGCUGUGAUUGACAGGAGCCCCUGGAGCCACACUGAUCUGGCAUAGGAGCCGCUCAUCAUUCAUACUAUACAGGGAUUACAUUUGUCUGCAGACUUUUACCACGUGUCCUCCACUUGGCAGCCUGCAACAGGUGCUUUGGUGUUCAUGAGGAAGCAAUUUAAAGAGUCCUUUUUGCUCUAUUGAUCAAAAGUAAAGUUAUUUAAUUUCACAUUUUCUUUGCCUGUCAUUCUAAUUUCCAUCACUGAAGUAAAUGCAUAGGGGUAUGCUUUCCAUCAUGGGGCACUUAUGCUGUUAAAUGUUCCUGAAAACAGCAGGUCUGUAAUAUAUAUGGUUUGAAAAUAUAAAGUAGCCCUUUCGAAACUCCUUAGCCUGCUUGAACUGCCCUUGAACACCAGCUUUUUUCACCCCCCAUUAUAACUCCCAAGUGCCCUCUUCUUCAAACCUUUAAAUAAAGUCACUACUGCCUUGUGCUGGAUAA